AUGCCCAUGAUCCCUCCCGCGCCCCUCUCACAAGGCUUGUCAUUUCCGCCAAAGGACAUCCAACCCUAUUCUACAUCGUUUCGCGCAACCAUUUCAACAACUAAGCUGCUUUCUCUCAUCAUCUUGGAGCCUAUGACGCGGAGCCCGUUCAGAAAAACAAGCACAACAAACUCCAGAACCAACACCUCUGAAACCUCUGUCAACUCCAGUUCCAAGCAUUCUCACUCCCAGGCAAACUUGUCUACUUCAAUACCUGGAAUACCAGGCGAAUUCCGAGGUCCACUUCAGGUGCUUCCAAAUGGAAGACACCAUACCGCUUCUACAUCUAUUCCCGCGAUUCUAGGGGAUUUCAGAGGACUAGUUAGGAAUGAUCAUAGGCUGCACACACGAUCAUCUUCCUCUGACCUUCGGAGCAUCAUCGCUACUAGUUCCCAUGUCGGGAACAAUGAUAUCUUGACCAGCAAAGGCAAGGUUGGAUCCUCGCACCGGAAACAGAAGGGCAAACUGUCACUGUCAAUACCGCACAUAGUUUCAAAUUUCCAGGCACAGGAGCGCGAGUCUGGUUUUCCUAGCAGUCCGGACCUUUCAAAAGGCGCGCCCAAGCAUGGCUUUCGCAUAAUAGGGCGCGGAGGUUCGGGAUCUUCUCAUCUGGUCACGGCCCCUUGGCCGAAAACCCGGAAAAGCGAGCCUUGCUUGGCUCAGACUCGUGGAACUCAGCUCUCUCCGAUCGCGGGACCAUCACGUCUCCCUCCUCUGCCUGUCAAUACUGCGGCUUCUGCGCCGCCGCAAGUCAAGAUUCGUUAUUCUGGUCGAGGAGGCGCAGGGUCUAAGCUUCGUUCCAUUCUUCCCAAACCUCACAAAGAGCAUAAUUUUGGAUUCGACUUCAAGCUUCCAGCGAAGUGGAAAGGAAAAGCCAAGGUUGAGGAGGAGGAGGAGGAGGAGGCCGAUAGUACUGCGUUCAUCGGGGACUCGGAAUCAGACGUUAGCUCGAUACACUUCGCGGAGCCUGUUCUGCCGUUGCCGAAGCCUACUUCGCCAUCUCGACCUCCUCAUGAUGAUGAUGCGUUCGAAGAAGCUAUUGAUGAAGAACAGCAGUCAAUUCCAGAGGUGAUAAGGGAACCCGUUGAUGUUGAAGAACCAGAUACGGUCGCAUCGUCACCGAUCCCCUCGUCGUCCGGCCUCGAGAUGCAACAACGGAAAACGACCAAACUUCUUGGAGAGGAUACCCGAUACCCAAGAACAGGGUUUGUUUUGGUGCCGAAGAAUCACAAUCGGGUAAUGUCUGGGCGGAUUGUAAUGCCCUCGCUCCCUCCUCUUCUGCCGAUGUCUUCGACGAUGCAAAAGAGAUCAUCCCAUCAGCAUAGUUUACCCAUUGUGAUGCCCGACCCUAAACCUGCAAGCACUCUAGGAACCUUCGAGGACCCAUGUACAUGCGACGAUGACCGGUGCGAAGCAGAAACGACGCCAGUCUCCUCCAUGAUAUUUUCCAACUCGCCCUCCCCAGCGUCUUCAUUCCAGGAUCCCAUCGAGGAGGUGCCCUUACAUAUUGAGCCUGAAGAGCUAGAUUGUGCGCUUUUGAGUCUCCGACCAGAUUCACCAUUCGUGGAUUCAAUUGCUCCCGUUUCACCGCCGACUUUUGAGCGCGUUAUAAGCGAGACUGGGACUUUCGUGUCGAUGGUUGAAAAAAAGCAAGGGUGGAUGGGGCAGUGGAAUCGGGGGAAUAUCGGGGAGGUCAUUAGCGCCCUAAGGGAGCUGUAG